AUGAAUACCUCUAAAAGUAUAUUUGAUCAACCACUCAAUAAUUCAAUUUCAAAAUAAAGAUACACCUUUUCCAAAGCAGCUCGUGAAACCUAUUCAACUAAAUUAAUGUAAAUUCUUUAUUCUAACCUAGUAAUGGAUCUAUGUAUAACCUUCCAGAUAGUUUAAGCAAGAGAAUGGCUGGCAUUGGUUAUGGAUAAAAGUAAUUUAUCCCAAAUACAUUCUAGACAUGAUUUUACUAAACAUGUUAAAUAAGUUCCUGCUCCAAAUAAAUAUGAUAUCAAGAGUUUCGCAGAAUUAAACAUGGAAGAAAAGAAAGGAAUCCAAUUUGCUUUAGGCAGAGAAGAUACUUGGCUUCAAGGGAUUUGGGCAACUCUUACUUAAUCUACUCCUCCACCAGAUCGUUAUCAAAUACCAAGCACAGUUACAAGAAGAUAAAAGUUUACAUUUGGUUAAAGAACAUAAUCCCUAUAGAAGUUUAACACUCCAGGUAUAUUAUUAAAUUUAUUAAAAAAGGUCCUGGUAAUUAUGAAUAUGUAUAAGCCAUAUCAUCAAAAGGAGUUUAUCCACUAUCUAAGUUUCAAAACUCAGGAGCUUGUAUAAUUGGAAAAGAUUAAGAGAGGUUCAAAACUUUAGGAGGUAAAUUAUGAAGAUUUAAAUUAGUGAAUGAUUAUCCUGAACCAGGACGUUACUCACUCGAAAAUAUUGGUAUUAAUUAAUCAGGAAUAUACCCAAAGAAUGGAAUGAGAUCUGCUGUGUAAUAGACUUUUAGUAAGUCUACAAGGAAAGGACCAUAUGAAAUAAAUAAAGUUACUCCUGGUCCAGGAAGAUAUAAAAUGUUUUCAGAAUUUGAUUAAUGA